AUGCCGACCACGACCAUGGAGGCGCCGUUCAAAUUCCCAUCGCAACCUCUUCACCAGCUCUCACCCGAACGUCUCAACUCCGGUACGCGAAGGCCAAGCACCGCGACAUCCAGAAUGUCGUCUGCAAUUAUCGACGCGGAGAACCCAUCGCCACACUCAUCACCCACGCGCAAACCGAAAGCAAACCUUUUUGCCGAUUAUGAUCCUCAUCGGUCCCCUGUGAAGGAGACAGGCUUUUCUUUGACGGGAUCACCCUCUCUCCCGGAGAUUCACGCCUUUCGCAGCCAUGGAAGGACAAACAGUGACGUGCAGGGCUUGGUGAAGCGUUUUGAGCAUCUAGAUGUCCGCGAUCGGGAUGCAGAAAGCGCGGAAAGAAGGAAGAGGCACGAGGCGGAGCUUCGACGAGCACAGAUUGGACGUGAGGAAGCAGAAAACGAUGUGGCGCGUCUACGAGAGGAAACGCGGCGGCUCAAGAAAGAAGGAGAUGAGAGUCGCGAUCGUGAGCGGAAAGUUUGCAAAAGGCUUGAAAUCGUUAUGGAGGAAUUCUCAAACUUUAAAGAGGCACACGCCUCCCAACUUGCAGUAUACAAAGACGACAGCCGCAAAAUACGCAAGGAGGCGUUCAAGUCGUCAUCGGCGGUGCUCAAGCUACAAGAGGAACUCAAGUCGACCAGAAACACCAUGCGUAUCACACAACAAGGAAUUGAUAUGGAAAAGAGAAAAGUGCAGCAAAGAGAGCAGGAGGCAUUCGAGGCGCAGUAUCAGCUAGUAGCUGUUCAGGAAGAGCUUGAAAAGCUACGAGUACAUCUGCAGACUGUCCAAGAAGAAAAAGAUGCCUUGAAGACGAGUUUGAAGGAGGAGGAGGUGGCGCGUGUUGCAGCUGAGGGAAUGAUCGMACUUCCAAUGUCUACCCCGGACGAGUACGAGCCUAUGAGCUCGCCACGGAGGAAGUCGCCCACCAAAAGAAACGCUUCGCCGUUCUCGGACGAUAAGGAGAAUGCAGGUGUGGUCACUAGAAAGAUGCUCGACACUAGAAGAUUCGACGAAGAACUGGCUCGCGAACGGAGGAUGCGACGCAACGCCGAGGAGCUUGCUGAUUUCCUGCGCCUGGAAUGCCACUUCCGCUGCUGUCCAUGCCGGUCUUCUGAUACCUCAGGACAUGAUCAAAAUAUCUCCGUCUCGCCUGACCUUGGACAGGCCUUUGAAGAGAUUAGGAAUGAGAUGCAGGCUAUUUUGUCUCCCUCCACAGUUGAGGAUGUGGACCGUGACAUGCAUGUUGCUGGGCUGGCGGCUGCUGAGAUGAUGGAGGAUACCGAAGAACUCCACACUGUGAUCCAUGUCAAGCUCGAGAAAUCGCCCGACAUCGAGAUGGAACAGGCGACCCCUGUUGAGGUCGAUAUUCCAGCCGAAGACUUCCAUCGCAGCAUAACAAUGGCCGAAGAGACCUCAGAUGAACGGCUGGUCCGGGAACGGAUGGAGACAUGUGCGGUCGAAGAUGRGGAGGGGGUUCCAGAGGAUGAGACUAUUCAAACACCGCGUACAACGCCCGCUGCAUUGACUCCUGAGCCUGAGCACGAUUCUGUCGAAGCCCACCCCGAAGGACAAGAGGACGAGGAAAGUGCGACUCCCUUGGGGACAUCAAUAAAGGUACCCCUCCUCCCUUCCAGCCCAAGACACGAUUCCCCACCCGCCGCUCAGAGCACACCCUACCGUCCCGUGUCACGCACCUACACCACCACAAUCCCCAUGAAGUUCACGCCUGUGAAGCCCACAUUUGCUGUUGGAAACUACGACGCUGAGGAGAAGAACCACGAACUCACCGCACCACCCGCAGACUCUCCUCGAUCGAGACACGACUCCGCCCCCACCUUUGAUAGAGCAGCCGCUCUUGCUGCCAUUGCAUACCGCAGGGGAAGAGCCAAGUCCAUCGCCGAUGGACAAAUGACACCUCGGAAACAAAUGUUGCAGGGCACCGUGAGUCGUACCGAGAGGRGAGAUGUGAGUGCCCCUACACUUGGACAGAAAGCGAGUGCUGCGAAUGUGCAUGUGAGCAAAGGAGGCAGCGCGAGUGCCGGACGUGCCGUUGGGAGUCGCAGUCGGAUUGGCAUGCGCUAG